CUGAUCAACAAAUAAUAUUUGGGGGCAUGCGAAAAAAAAUUGGAAACUCGAAAACCAUCAGGCCUGGGUCACAAGUUUUUUUUUGCUUCUUUGCAUCACUCAGCUCUCCAAUUGUUCAAUUCCAUUUUUUUUACACAACACUAACUCUAUCAGAAAUGUCGACAGAGGUAGCCGAACUAAAGCGCAUAUACAUCGGCGGCUUCACGCAGACCGUAACAGACGCCGAUAUCCGCGGACGGUUCACGUCCUUUGGUCAGGUGGACUCGGUAGACCUGCCGUCUGAAUCAGCCAACGGGGCAGGCCGCGGCUUUGGGUUUGUCAACAUUCAGAUCACGCCAUCUCAAUGGCACCGCUGUGCCAGCAUCUACACGGGUGCCAAGUGGAAGGGCGGAAAGCUAAAGAUCGAAGAGGCCAAGGAAGACUAUAAGACGCGGAUGCAGCGCGAGCGCGAGCAAAUAGCCGACAAACCUGAGGUCCCCAUGGCAGAGAACAUGGAUCUGGUCACGGCAAAGAAUGUUGAGCGGUACCCCGGAUGGUCCAAGGGAAGGUACAAUCGGCCCGUAUUCAAGUUUGCAAUGCUCAAGGACAACGGCAAACAAUUCACGUAUGAUCCUGUCAAGUACAAGAAUAACUUUGAGAAGCUUUUCGGCUCGGUAAGGCCCAAGAACUGGAAGGAUCUGCAGUGGGAGUACAGCGAGGAGCAGGCCAAGGAAGAUUUCGAGCAGGCCAAGCAGCUGCCCCAGGCUAUCGUUGAGCGCAACGACGCUGUGGCCGAGAGACUCAGCAAGAGACAGCGCCUGGAGGCGGAUUCCCAGAGAUGCAUCAACGGAUGUGGAAUCUUUGAUGACAUGCGUGUUGAUCUGGACGGCGGGUUUGCCGACGACAGCGAUAUUGAGGGCCUGGAUGCUGACGAGAAGGUUGAGCUAAGCAUGGCAGCGUUCGAGGACGCUGAAGAGAUCGCGUCCCUGGUUGCCAGCGCGUCAUCCAAAUCCAACCCUGAACUGUUGGCCAAGCUCUCCAGCGGUGUCUUUGACUCGGACUCGGAGGACGAUUGGAGGAGCCGAUUGAGAUCGAGAAGGAGCUCAGGCGGAGGCCGAGGAGCAGAGCGAGACACCUGUUGCUUUGCCGUGGAAGCCAAAGCCGGUGAGUAUGUGGCGCCUUCGUUUGCGUAUGUAGCACCUUCGUUUGCAAUGCUCGGAGGAUCCAAAGCGGCUGUUGAGUAUGCGCCAAAGGCCGCCGUGGCGUUCGAUUCGGAGGACGAGGAUGAUUCUGUUUCGCAGGGCGCUCCUCAGGAUGGCGCAGGAAAGAAGUCGGCCAGCAGCAAGAAGCAGGCCAGCGAGAGCGAGAGCGCAUCUUCGGACGACAGCGACCCCAGCAGCGACUCUGGUUCUGGCAAUGACAACGACUCGUCGUCUGGAUUGGGGGAUGAUGGCAGCUCCGAUGACGACUCUGACUCUGAUACCGGCAAUGACUCCAGCUCCAAUGACGAUGAUGACAGCUCGGAUGAUGAAGACUCCAAGGACGUACAGUCCAACGCUAUGGAGGUCGACGACGAUUCCAAGACCGAAAACAAGCCCAGCAGCCUCUUUGGCGGUAGCAGCGGCAUCGGCGGCGGUCUCUUUGGCGCGUUAUCAGGCGGGUUCAAAUUCACCGAGGCUCUUGGGCUCGAAGCUGACGAGCCUUCGGCCAUGGCCCUGGAUUCGCAGGACGAGGACGAGGCCCCGAUCACCGGCGGCGCGCGGCUGCCGGGCGGUCCAAUCGAGCGCAACCUCAAUGCCAACCGGCUGCCCAUGUUUUUCCCUGACACUGACGCCAUGACUUUCAGGCGCCCUGAGCCCGUGUUCCAGCGGCAAAAGACCGAGGAUGAGCUGGAGGCCGAUCUGGAGAGCGCACGCAGCGAGCUGACCAGGGAGUACAAGGCACAGCACCGCUCAACUGUGCGCAAGACCAACAAGAUGCGUGAGAACCGGAGGCCCAGGGGCACACCGCAAAACUGAUAUGCCUGAAAUUGUUUUUUCUCACGCUACUCCUAUAUACACAUACAAAAAUGGAACUUUUAACUUGGUUCAAGUGGCAUGUGACUUUUAUAAAUACGCCGAUGUAUUGUUCGUGCAUUGCUUGUAAAUUAUAUACGGGGCACAUGGGCGUGGGAAAAAGUAGAACAAAAUAACUGUCGCAAAUGUUAUUAUUGCACUCUGUCUGGCCACGAGCCCCAGGGCUGAAGUUGUCAAAAAAUUGCAAUAAAACCUGCAACAAAAACUGUUACUUUGGCGCCC